CUGAGGCUGAGCUGCAAUGAUCACCGGAAAUUGAUCUCAAGCCUCCAAAUCUCCUUUCUCUGCUCGACAAAUAAUCCUAGUCCUACUAUCACAUCGUCGCUAUCAUCUUGUGGGGCCGCUAUGGCACUCAAAAGUAAACCACGCCACUGCUCAAAUGAGAGCACGGGAUCCAUCUUCUCAUCAAACAUCUGACCAGCCAAUUCGUUAAUCGUCAAGGUGCAAUAAACAAACAAUUACCUCUCUAUGUAGUCUAUUUCAAAUUUUUUUGUUGACUGAACUACCCUUGAAUUUUACUAUAAUGACUAUCUUGCCCUCAUGGUGACCUAAUCAACCCUAAUCUUUCGUUAUAAUGCCGAGAGGGUUCUCUUUUUUUCGACUUUCCCUUUCUCUCCUUCUUCGUUUUCUUCAGUCCUUUCAUGGCGAAAAUCUCUUUGUUUUCCUGUAAUCGAAGAUUUCCAUGGCGUCUCGUGAUCUAAAUCUAUAUGCCUUUCAGCUCAUCUAGCUUUCUGUUCCCGUGUAGCAUACUCUUAUAGUCUUAUCGUGGGCUUCGAGGCCUGGUAUUCGAGUGGGUUGGAUUAUAACUUGGAAGGUCUCUUUAAGAGCCGUAUAUCAGAGUUUUGCACAGUGUGUUGCACUCAAUUAUUUUUAUGUAGAUGUUCAGUACAUAACAUUCGAACUGGUGUACUUCUGGAUAUGGAAGAUUAUAACUUUGUUGUUGGUCAAGAAUUCUCUGAUGUCAAGGCUUUCCGGAGAACAAUCAAAGAGGCUGCUAUUGCCCAGCAUUUUGAGCUUCGGAUAAUAAAGAGUGAUUUGAUUCGCUACUUUGCAAAGUGUGCAACUGAAGGUUGUCCAUGGCGCAUCCGUGCAGUUAAACUUCCUAAUGUCCCAACAUUUACAAUAAGGAGCCUUGAAGGGACACAUACUUGUGGCAAAAAUGCACAGCAUGGCCAUCACCAGGCAUCUGUAGAUUGGAUUGUGAAUUUUAUAGAGGAGCGACUGCGGGAUAACAUGAAUUACAAGCCGAAAGAUAUAUUGCAAGACAUCCACAAACAAUAUGGGAUCACCAUUCCAUACAAACAAGCUUGGCGGGCCAAGGAACGGGGGCUUGCAGCAAUUUAUGGAUCUUCCGAGGAAGGUUAUUGCCUCCUUCCUGCAUAUUGUGAGCAAAUAAUGAAAACUAAUCCUGGAAGUAUUGCACAGGUUUUCACUACAGGAGCUGAUAAUCGAUUUCAACGCCUCUUUGUUUCCUUCUAUGCAUCCAUCUAUGGUUUUGUGAAUGGUUGCUUACCCCUUAUUGGGCUUGGUGGAAUCCAGCUGAAAAGCAAGUACCUUGGCACCUUACUUUCAGCAACAUCAUUUGAUGCUGAUGGUGGGUUGUUUCCACUUGCUUUUGGUGUUGUUGAUGUCGAAAAUGAUGAGAGCUGGAUGUGGUUUUUGUCGGAAUUGCAUAAGCUUUUAGAGUUGAACACUGAGACCAUACCUCAGCUUACAUUCUUAUCAAAUGGACAAAAAAGUAUCAUAGAUGCAGUGAGAAGGAAAUUCCCAAGUGCAUCUCAUGGAUAUUGCAUGCGCCAUUUAAGUGAAAGCAUUGGAAGAGAAUUCAAGAAUUCUAGGCUUGUCAAUCUUCUAUGGAAAUCUGCCUAUUCGAUUACCACUAUUGGGUUUAAAGAAAAAAUGGCUGAAAUUGAAGAGGUUUCUGCAGAAGCUGCCAAGUGGGUUAACCAAAUUCCAGCUUCCCGUUGGGCACUAGCAUACUUUGAAGGAACAAGGUUCGGUCAUCUCUCAUCAAAUAUUGAGGAGUUCAACAGAUGGAUUCUUGAAGCGCGAGAGUUACCCAUAAUCCAAGUGAUUGAGCGAAUUCACAGUAAACUGAUGGCUGAGUUUGAUGAACGGCGUGCCAGAGGCAUGUCUUGGAUGUCGGUACUUGCACCAUCUGCUGAGAAACGCAUGGCAGAAGCAAUUAAUAAUGCAUCUGGCUACCAGGUCCUUCGAUCAGAUGAAGUAGAAUUUGAAGUAAUAUCUGCUGAACGAUCAGACAUUGUGAAUAUUGGGACCCGACGUUGUUCUUGUCGCGAUUGGCAACUAUAUGGCUUGCCAUGCUCCCACGCUGUUGCAGCACUCAUCUCAUGUAAAAAAGAUGUGUAUGAAUUUUCAGAGAAGUGCUUUACAGUUGCUAAUUACCGUGAAACAUAUUCACAAAUGAUACAUCCCAUUCCUGAUAAAGGUGAAUGGAAUAAUAAGAUAAGUGAGGGUUCUACAGAUGAAGACAAUAGAGUUGUGCGGCCACCCAAGUUUCGACGCCCUCCAGGACGACCUGAAAAGAAGCGACUUUGUGUAGAGGACCUUAAUCGGGAGAAGCAUACUGUGCAUUGUAGUCGGUGUAACCAAACCGGACAUUAUAAGACAACAUGCAAAGCAGAGAUUAUUAAGAGUAUAGAACAAUUCUAGGGUGUUGUUAACUUUGAGCUGAGUCAUAUAUAGAUCUCUUGAAUACUAGUGGUUCUCACAGAUUUAGUGUCGUAUGUUGAAGCCAUGCUCCAUGCUUACCAUUUACAUAAUGUAAAAUUAGAAAUAUCUAGUGUAAAUGAGAAUUCCCCACUGUAUCCUAAUCUUAAUGUAUUUGAAAUCAACAUUAGGAAUUUUAACUAGUUAUUUAUGGCUAUAGUCGGAUUACUGUUGUCAUCCCAUUUCGGACCCAAGAACUAUAAUUUUGGGUUUUAGGUAUAUGUAUGGAAAAAAUAUUACAAAACCUAAAUCCAUUGCCUGCAACCAGUUAUGAUCUAAUCUGAGCUCUUGCUCCAGGGUUCUUAUAGGCAAGCUAAAUUGAGGUUUAGUUUAUUGUUGUUGUUACUUUUUAUUAAUAUAGUUAUUUUAUUGUUUGGUUA